GAACACGUGAGGACGGUCAGUCGCAAGCGUCAAGCGCUGCCCGCCCAAACAACGGCGACACGGAGGGGCGCGCGCGGCGAGAAUAGCGACGUUUAACUUGAGCGUGGAAGUCGAUCGUCGCAUGCGCGCAACCAAGCUUGAGACGCGCCUGAGUGGCAGCGGGGGCAGCCAAUCCGGGCGCGGCGUCCCCUGCUCUUUAACGCGUCUGGUGCGCGGGGGGCGGGGCGGACUGGCCUCGGCUAGGCUUGUGAUUAGCACUCGACUGGAGGCAGCGAGUUUGGAAAUGUUGCCCGUGUGAGCCGCGGACUGGAGCGAGCGGCCGCCUGCGACACCGGAACACGGUCGGAAGUGUCGGACGGAGGCUGUUGGCGCGCUUCGAGGCGUUCUUGGCGGGGCUGCCUCGCUUUUGAGCUGGGUGAAGUGUCGCUGCUGCUCGGCUCCGAGCUGCGUCAUCAUGUCGCUUCCGACUGGAGUUGGCGAGCACAAACCUCGAGUUACCGCCGGAGCCGACGCCUCCCGCCGCCCGGGCCACUCCCGGCCCCGGGACUAGACGACGGCAGGUUGGCGCCGAGGCUCGCCGACUUCCCGUCACUUGCCUCGGCUGGUUGGCGCGGUUCUCGCGCGUGCAUUCACCGGACGCUCGAUUGUUGUCACCCGCGCAAGGCUCGGAACCCUCGCAGUCAUGUGACCAGCUGCUGGGUCGCGGUGAUUCUUGUCGUGGAUGGUUGUUGGUUCGAGUCCGGGAGAGGAGCGAUGAUGAUGAUUAUGAUGAUGGCAGCCUGUGAUGCUGCCCACAUCUGCUGCUGAAGACUGCUGACUCUCACCCCCCCUCCGACCCCAGCAGAUCACCCCCCAGGUCCGGCCCGUGCUCUCAGAGGGCUGAGGUUCGGAGCCCUCACUGACAGAAGAAGAAGAAGAAGAACUUUUGAACAUGGCCACCGCCUGCACACACGCCGCUGCUGCCUUCACCCGGACCUCCAGGUCAUGGCUGCACGCAGACCGGUCCCGGACCCGGGCCCAGACGCCCGGCUCACCCAACUUCGAGGUGAUCGACGGGAUGCUGUACCGGAGGAAGCUGGAGAAGGGCUUCAUCAACUACCGAGAGGUUCUGGAGGAGGAGCGGCGGCACGAGGCCAUCUGCAGCUUCCACAGGCGGCGAGCGGGUCAGCGCCACCUGACACUGGAGGAGACCUACAAGUGUGUGGCCGAGAACUACUGGUGGGAAGGGAUGUACUUCCAGAUCAGAGACGUGGUCCUGGCCUGCGCCGAGUGUGGGAGCCAGAAGCGCAAGAAAAACCAGGAGCAGGGCGUCCGAGCCUGCGUCACCAAGCGGCUGCCGGCGCACAGCAGCGACGUGCUGAGUCGGCUGAAGAGCCAGCGGGAGGCCGGCAUGUUCUGUGACAUCACGCUGCGCACCAGCGGCCGCUCCUACUCCGCCCACAAGGCCGUCCUCGCCGCUGUCAGCGACCACUUCCAGGAGCUCUUCACGGAAAUGGACGCCAGCGCUGCGGCUGAUAUGGACUUCACAGGUUUCAGCGAGCGAAGCCUUCUGUCCCUCCUGGACUUCUCCUACUCCUCCACCCUCAAAGUUCGGCCCGAGGAUCUGCCCGAGGUGGUCACCAUGGCGCGCCACCUGGGCAUGUGGCGGGCGGUGGAGGCCUGCUCGGCCCUGAUGAAGGAGCAGGACUCGGACUCCCACCCGGGCCAGGACCCCGCCUUGGCCUGUGUGGGCUCUUGUCAGGACGGUCAGCGCCAUCAGAGCAAGAGGAAGCGGCCCCCUGGGUCCGAGGUGGACCCAGACCCGGAGCACAGUCCCAGGAGGACCCUGCGCCGACUGUUGUCCCCCCAGGUGCCACUCAGCCCCUCACACAGGAUGAAACUCCUGGACUUCAAGUCUCCGUCCGUGAAGAAAGCCACGCCUCCUCGCAGCGCUCCCCCCACCCCGCCCAGCACCCGCCUGCUGCGCUCCUCACCCGGUGCCGCCCGCAGGCUCCAGCAGACGCCAGCGCUGCCGGAGAGCCCCCAGCGCCAGAAGAAGCCCCGCCCCCAGGGCGAGCGGCCCGGGGUGGUGAAGCAGGAGGAGGUGGUCCUGGACGAUGAGCUGGACUACGCACGAGCGCAGGAGAAGUACAAGCUGAUGAACGUGCUGGGUCUUCAGCGCACCGCCCUGCUGCCCAGGCCCGAGGAUCUGAUCGGCUGGAGGCAGAAGAAGCGGCUGAGGAAGCUGAAGGCCAACAACUACUCGCUGACCAAGCGGCGGAAACCUCCCCCCGCCGAGCCCUACGCCGCCCUCUCGCUUCCCCUCUGCGCCCCCGCCAACACGCUGCUGCCGCCUGAGGUGGCCCCGGCGAGGAGGAGGAGCCUGGCCGUCACCCAGGUGCCCCCGAGUGACCGCAGCAUGAGGAGCCAAGGGCUGCUGCGGGACCUGGGCUACGGUGGGCGGGAGCUCAGGCGCUCGGUCAGGAGGGGCGACCGUCGCCCGUCCAAGCAGCCCGUCCCACGCAAGCCCCACCGGGCCCCGGCGAGGAGCGCGGUGCGGGUCAAAGCCGAGCCGGCGGAGUUCUGCAUCUCAGGUCUAGCCUCCAACAAGCCGGCGCCCCGGGGUGGCGCCGCUCAGGAGACGCUCAGGACGCUGCGCUACAACAGCGGCCGCCCCGCUGCCAAGUCCAGGCCUCGGCACGGGGUCACCCCGGAAGACACCAAGGCCGCGGAGGGCGGCGGCGGCUCGGAGCAGGCGCCUCCUCACGCCAUCUGUGAGCACCCGCUCUACAGAGUCAUCAAAGAGGAGCCGGCCGACCCGCUGCCGGUGGGCGGGCCCUUCCCCGACCCGCCCUCCCCUGACCUGGGCAAGCGGCAGAGCAAGCCGCCCAUCAAGCUGCUGGACUCGGGCUUCCUCUUCAGCUUCUGCCGUCUGAAGAAGGAGGAGGAGAGCGUGGACAUCUGCCUGACGCGCUCGGUGUCGCAGGGCGGCCACCACAGGGUGCUGCGCAACCGUGGCCCCCCGCCGCUGACGCCCGCCGUCAAGAGGGAGGAGCCGGAGAGGAGCCUCAGCCACAGAGUCACGCUGAGACCCAAGGCCACCAUCAGCAGCGCUGGUGCUCCUGUGACAGCGACCGGCCGAGCCAAGCCCAAGGGAAACCCUCACCCCGCCAGCAACCGGGACUCGGUGCGCCGCGCCAGGCUGAAGCAGCUGCGGGGCCCUCGCAGCCAGGUGCCCAUGGCCUCCAAAUCGGCCCACAGCUGCCUGCAGUGUCCAGCCACGUACCGGGACUGCGACGGGCUGAUCAUGCACCGACUCCGCCACAUCGAGGGCAAACACUGGCCCUGCCUGCUCUGCAGCAAAACCUUCUUCCGACUCGGGAAUGUACGGGCCCACAUCCGCACCCACGACCCCAAACUGUACAAAUGCCGGAGCUGCAUUCUGGCCGGCUCCUGAGGUCUGCUCCUGCCGGGGACCCAGGACUUGGACCUGCAGCCCGUCCACACCGGCUCCUCCACUGCAAGCACAACUGUCUGGAUCUGUGGACAUUAUUUAAGCAACCAAACCACGGUUGCCGGUUCUACUCCUGCGGGGGGAGGGCUACACUUGAACGUCACACUCAGGGGGCGGGGCCUGCUGCGGCCGGGCGCCACCGCACGCUGAUGUACAGAUUGAAAAAGAAAAGUGUUUUGUGGUCCUGGUUUCCUCUGUAUAUCUGAGUUGGAGUGCACUUACGUCAGACCUGCGGCCUGCGGGGGGCGGCGUCCACGGCGGGAUUACUUGAAUGGAGGGAGCGUGGGGAGUAACUUGAAGCUGGGUGACACUUUUAUCACGGAGCGCAGCCGAGGCCGCUGCUUGAAAGGGAACCGGUCUUGUCUGUAAUGUGAAUCCUCGUGACCCUGGAUCUGUAGAGACUGAAUAAAUUUUGCCUUUUACUUUUGACUCUCUGGCUUUCACCCUUCUGCCCCUCCCCCCACACACACACACGCUCAUUCUGCUGCCAUCAGGUGAGGCAGACUUCCUCCACUGAAAGUCGAUCCAUCGAGGAACAAAUGUGAACCCUGUCAGAAGCAGAAAAAGCAGCGGUUCGUAACGCCGCCGCUGGAUGGCGCUGGUGACCACGUGUUGACGUACGCUGCUCGACAACUGAACAAAAAAGCAAAAUGGUGUCACGUUUUAGGAGACACGCACCGUGAGGAUCUGGGGAGGGCGAGUCAGAGCAGGUGACGACUCUGACUCCACCUACCUUCAGGGGUCACGGGGGUGCUGCUCUGUCCCAGCUACCCGGGACGAGAGACGGGUCAGCGGGAGGAAACCAGUGUUUGGACUAAACAGGCGUGGACUCAGCGUCUGGAAUCAAACCCGCAACCU